CAAUCCUCCCGGGAACACCCGCGGUAGAGAGAUUGAGCAGCAUCAAAACGCUCUCAAGCUUCUUUACUCUCGCUUUUCGCCUCUUCUCUCCGCUGCUCCCAAGAUGGGGAAGGACUGGGAGUCCUCCUCCGUUGCUUCCUCCUCCUACUCCGCCUCCACCAGCGCCUCCUCCUCCGGCUCCCGGCCGCCGCUCCCGGUGAUGGCCCUCCGGAGGAAGAUCGUCGAAAAGAUCCAGGAAAAUCGUGUGACGCUCAUCGUCGGUGACACUGGAUGUGGUAAGAGCUCCCAAGUUCCACAGUUCCUUCUUGAAGAAAAUAUGGAACCCAUAUUGUGUACGCAACCUAGAAGAUUUGCAGUUGUGGCAAUAGCAAGAAUGGUGGCUAAAGCUCGCAACUGUGAUGUUGGAGGGGAGAUUGGAUAUCAUAUUGGCCAUUCAAAUGUCUCAGAUAUCAACUUGACGAGAAUUGUUUUUAAAACUGCUGGUGUUUUAUUGGAACAAAUGCGUGAUAUGGGGUUGGCUGCGCUUAGAUAUAAGGUUAUAAUACUGGAUGAAGUGCAUGAACGAUCUGUGGAAUCUGAUCUUGUUCUGGCAUGUUUGAAGCAGUUUAUGAUAAAAAACAAUGAUUUGAGGGUUGUUUUGAUGUCUGCUACUGCUGAUAUUACAAGAUACAAGGAUUACUUUAAAGAUCUUGGUAGAGGUGAAAGAGUUGAAGUGAUUGCAAUUCCAAGUGCCUCUCAGCACAUUGUGUUCCAGCGAAAAGUUCUGUAUCUUGAGCAGGUUUCUGAGCUUCUGGAGAUGAGUUCAGAAUCAUUAUCAGAUAGAUACUGUUCUGGGCCGAAUCCUGCUGCUGCGAAAGCUGACAUGGAACCUCAAGUACACAUGCUUAUUCAUGAGUUGAUAUUGCACCUACAUGAAAAUGAACCAGAUAUUGAGAAGUGUAUAUUAGUUUUUCUUCCAACGUACUAUGCAUUGGAGCAGCAAUGGAUUCUUUUAAGGCCCCUUAGUUCAGUCUUCAAAGUAUACAUUCUUCAUCGCAGCAUUGACACUGAUCAAGCACUCUUGGCUAUGAGAGUGUUGAGAUCUCACCGGAAGGUGAUACUAGCGACUAAUAUUGCAGAAUCAUCUGUCACAAUUCCGGGUGUAGCGUUUGUCAUUGAUUCAUGUAGAUCUUUACAAGUUGUUUGGGACUUCAACAGGAAAAAGGAAUCUGCAGAGCUUGUUUGGGUGUCCAAGUCUCAGGCUGAGCAACGCAAAGGCAGGACAGGUCGAACCUGCGAUGGUCAAAUUUAUAGGCUGGUCACUCGAACAUUUUAUAAUAGUCUAGAAGAUCAUGAAUAUCCAGCAAUAUUAAGGUUAUCAUUAAGGCAGCAGGUGCUUAUGAUCUGUUGUGCAGACUCUAAAGCCAUCAAUGAUCCCAAAGUCUUGUUGCAGACGGUUAUGGAUCCUCCAGAUCCAGAAAUUGUUGAAGAUGCCUUGCACUUGCUUGUUCGUAAUAAGGCCCUAGGAAGGCCUCUUCAUCACAGGGGCCGGUAUGAGCCAACAUUCUAUGGCCGUUUGCUUGACAGUUUGCCCUUAUCCUUUGAUGCUUCAGUGCUUACUCUGAAGUUUGGUGAGAUUGGGUUGCUUCGUGAAGGAAUUUUAAUUAGUAUAUUAAUGGAUGUCCAACCGCUUCCCAUUCUUCAACCAUUUGGCCAUCACAUUUUGUUUACAAAGUAUGUAGACAAUUAUUUUGGGAGUGAGAGCAGUGAUGCUUUACAAAUUGGCAAGAAGGAAACCAUAUUCAUGGGCAACUUGUGUGCAUUUCAAUUUUGGCAGCGUGUUUUUAAGGACAAACACCGUCUCGAACGACUAAAACAAGUUAUCAAGGUUGAUGAGCUGAAAGCACCACAAGCACUGAUAGCUAAGCUUGAAGAGGAAUGGUGCUUAUUUCACAAUCUUGUGCAGACAUCACUACAUAAUGUCUCUGAAAUUUAUGAAGAUGUAAUGAAUGUAAUGCACCGUUUCCGGCCUGGUUUUAUUGCGAAAAAUGAAAUUCCAUCUUAUUUCGAGCCUUAUGCAUUUAAGCAUACAUGCCUUCUGCAGUCUGACCUUGCAGAAGAUGUGGAUGCUCUUACGUUGGAAGAUGAGAAUCUUGAUUUAAUUACUGAGAGGAAGAGUUGUCUUUCUGUACCAUAUGUUUUUCCAACUGACUUCCAGGGUGCUUAUGUUGCAGAAAAGCUGACAACUCUCAUUAAAGAGAUGCGGGUGCAACAUGCGGAAGAUUCUUCUUUGAAUCUGGGUGAAACUGUAAAUGAUGUUGUACCGCAGGCCACAGAGGCUGCUCUGUGUCGAUUCUUCUUGAGGGGGUUAUGCAACAAAGGGAAUCAGUGUCCUUUCUCUCAUUCACUUCAAGCCAAAAGACCUGCAUGCAAGUUUUUCCUAACACUUCAGGGUUGCCGUAAUGGAGAUUCAUGUUUCUUUUCGCACGGCUAUGAUCCACAUUUUGCUACAGUUACUUCAUUUAGUGCCUGUUCUGAAGAAGAUGAAAAUGCAUCAUCUCAUUCUUUUCUGCAGCUGUUGCCUGGUACUGCCAAUGACCGUGUUCUUAUAUUGAAUGAUAAGGACCUGUUUUUCUCAUCUAAUCUCUCAUGUCAUUAUGAUCCAAGCAAGAUAAUUGUCACCAAUCCUAAUCCACGUUCCUCUGAAUCUGAUUCUGUGUCAAAUGGUAUGACAAUUCUGUGGAAUGUGAGCCGGACUUGUCAGCUAAUCAUGGAAACUCAAGGAAAAGUUUCGAUCCCUUGGAGACAAGUGAAAUGUGUGCUAUGGUUUGCUGAUGUUAUGGCUGGCGAUGCAGGCAUACAACAGAAUCUCUUAAAGAAUUGUUUUGAGUACCUAGCGAUCAGAAUUUUUGCUGACACCUUGUGUGAUGUUCGUGUGAUUGUGACAAUGAACAACAUCAGAUUCGCCCAGCUAGAGGUGGAAAAAUUGGCAAAGGAGUGCUUUUUCUAUCUGAUUCAGUCAUUUUCAUUUGAUGAGUCAAGUUUUGGGAAGUUCUCAGAGUUGAGUGGCAGCACAAGGCCAAUGCAGGUAUCCAAGCCUAUCUCAUAUGUUUUUAAUAUGCAUCCUCCCACCGACAUACAAUUUGGGGACUAUGCAGCAGCAUUCCACAGGGGCUUAUAUAACAACGUAUGAAAUGUUUUAUUUUUUAGCAAUAGCAACCUUUUAUUUAUGUGAAUACGCGACGUCUGACUUCCUAGAUGGUUUAUAACUAGUCUAUAGUUGUGAAUUGACGAGGGAAAGCCUUUUUGUCCAUGGGUAAGUUUUGUACAGAUAGAUGGCUUUCUUGGUUGUCUUGAAUGAUAUAUGUACUGUUGUUACUUCCAGCUUCUUGAUGGCAGAUAUCUGUUCAACGAAAAUGCCCAUGGUAUAAGUUAUAAA